GCGGAACGCGGUGUGACAAUUGCGAUCCAGCACGUAGAGUACGAGACCGACACUCGCCACUACGCGCACGUGGACUGCCCAGGCCACGCGGACUACAUUAAGAACAUGAUUACCGGCGCCGCUCAGAUGGACGGUGCCAUCUUGGUGGUCAGCGCUCCGGACGGUCCAAUGCCACAGACACGUGAGCACAUCCUGCUCGCCCGACAGGUGGAAGUUCCUGCCGUCGUCGUCGCUCUCAACAAAGUGGACGCCAUGGAAGAUGAGGAGCUCCUUGAGCUCGUCGAGCUAGAGAUGGCUGAGCUUCUGUCCGAGUACGGAUUCCCAGGCGAUGACAUCCCGAUCGUUCGGGUUAGCGCCCUUAAUGCCCUCGAGAGCGAUGACAACUCCCGAGACGGCGAGUGGUCGAAGGGAAUAUGGGAUCUCAUGGACGCCGUCGAUGACUACAUCGCGGUCCCGGACCGCCCGCGAGACCUCGACUUCCUUAUGCCUAUUGAGGACGUGUUCGGCAUCAAGGGCCGAGGCACCGUUGUCACCGGGCGCGUCGAACGGGGCAUCGUCAAGAUGGGUGAUAACAUCGAAAUCGUCGGCAUCAAGGAGACCACCAACACCGUUGUCACCGGCGUUGAGAUGUUCCACAAGAUACUCGACUCGGGCGAGCCGGGAGAUGCCGUGGGUGUACUGCUGCGAGGAGUGGACCGCGAUGCAAUUGAGCGUGGCCAGGUUCUGGUCGCCCCGGGGAGUAUGACUCCGCAUCGUGAAUAUGAAGCUCAGGUAUACGUCCUCAGCAAGAAUGAGGGCGGAAGGCAUACGCCGUUCUUCAACGGCUACAAGCCCCAGUUCUACAUCAGGACUACCGACGUGACCGGCGAGGUCCAGCUUCCGGAAGGCGUCGAGAUGGUUAUGCCCGGCGACAACAUCGAGAUGAACAUUAAGCUCAUCACUCCCGUCGCGCUCGAAGAGCAGCUCAGAUUUGCUGUGCGUGAGGGCGGCAGGACCGUCGGGUCCGGCGUCAUCACGAAAAUUCUGGACUAA